GGCUUUUUCCCUCAAAAUUCUUCAACGCGACAUGACCUGAAAAUGUGGAUACAUCAACGCGUCCCUGUCCGCGUUUUAUGUCGCUUGAGGUUCAGCACCUCUACUAGACGCCAUGCGCCUAAGCAAAUUGCUAUGGAAGAGUUCGCAUGCGAUGUAAUCCGAAACUUUUCAAUCAUCGCUCAUAUUGAUCACGGCAAGUCGACACUGGCGGACAGACUACUAGAAUUAACUGGGACAAUCAAAAAGAAGGAAAUUGGGAAGAAUGAGCAAGUUUUGGAUAAGCUAAAAGUCGAACGCGAGCGAGGAAUUACAGGUGCCUGUCUUUCUGCGUUGUUGCUACCCAUCCUGACCGGCAUAGUCAAGGCGCAGACUGCGAGUAUGGUUCAUUCCGUGAAUGGACGAAGACAUAUCUUGAACCUGAUCGACACACCCGGUCACGUAGACUUCUCCUGGGAAGUUUCCCGCUCGCUGGCAGCGUGUCAAGGCGCGCUGCUGCUCGUGGAUGCUAGUCAAGGAGUGCAAGCACAGUCUAUCUCCGUCUUCCACAUUGCUCAAGAACGAGGCCUCAAAAUAAUCCCCGUCUUGAACAAGAUUGACCUGCCUGCCGCACAACCUGAACGAAUUGCGGCUCAAAUGCAAUCUACUUUUGGAACUGACCCAGCUGAUAUCAUCCGAAUAUCAGCCAAAACGGGUCAAGGCGUCGACGAAGUUUUGCAGGCGAUAAUUGACCGGAUUCCACCCCCAACUGGUUCUACUGAGGAUCCUCUGAAAGCUUUUCUCUUCGAUUCUUUUUAUGACCGAUAUCGCGGCGUCAUUUCCCUUGUAGCAGUUCAAAAUGGUGUCCUGAAGAAAGGUGACCGCAUUGCUUCUUAUCAUACUCGGAAAAAGUAUGAGGUGACGGAAGUGGGCAUAAUGCAUCCAGAAGAAACUCCAGCGACGAGUCUUUAUCCUGGUCAAGUUGGCUAUAUUGCCUGCAACAUGAAGGAGUCCUCUGAAGCGCAUAUUGGCGAUACCCUUCAUCGAUCAGGAUCUCCAGUAGAUCCUAUGCCUGGGUUCAAGCCUGCCAAAGCCAUGGUUUAUGCAGGAAUUUUUCCUGUGGAGAGUAAUGAUUUCCCGAAACUCGAAGAAUCCAUCAAACGCUUAGCACUCACGGACAGAAGCGUCACUGUUCAGCGAGAAUCCUCGACUGCUCUUGGACAAGGUUGUCGUCUCGGAUUCCUUGGAACACUGCAUAUGGAUGUCUUUCGUCAACGACUUGAAGACGAACAUGACCAGAAUCUGAUCAUUACGGCCCCAACAGUCCCAUAUAAAGUGGUUUAUAAAGACCGGGAGGUUUUUGUGAGCAACCCGACCGAGUUCCCAGACGCCCUGGAAGUGUCGAGUAAAGUCAAAGAAAUCCAAGAACCUGUUGUGCGAGCUUCGAUCAUCGUUCCUGAAGAAUACUUCGGUGACAUGAUGGAUCUUUGUUUUUCGCAUCGCGGCCAGGACUUGGAGCACCGAUAUCUGGAUGCCGGUACGACAGGAACAAGUUCGUCUUCACGCAUCAUUCUCAACUGCAUCCUUCCUCUCAGCGAGAUCGUCACCGACUUUUUUGAUCAGCUGAAAAGUCGGAGCUCUGGCUUCGCUAGUUUCGAUUACGAGGAGGCAGGCUAUCGGCCCAGCGAUCUGGUCAAGAUGGUGUUUCUGCUCAAUAGUAAGCCUGUGGACGCCCUCGCUCUGGUCAUCCAUCGUUCAAAGGAGGACGAGAUCGGACGGCUUUGGGUAAAGAAACUGGUCAAGGUGAUUCCCCGGCAGCAAUUCGAAGUCCCCAUCCAAGCUGCUGUCGGCAAAAAGAUCAUUGCGCGGGAAACUCUCAAGGCGUAUCGAGCUGACGUUACUGGUGGACUCUAUGGAGGCCAUGUUGAGCGCAAAAUGAAGCAAUUAGAGCUUCAGAAAGAAGGGAAGCGCAGAAUGAAGCGGAUGGGGACUGUCGAAAUGCCGCAAGAGGCGUUUUUCGAGAUCAUGAGCACCAACAAAAGGUCAUAG